AUGGAUUUUACUAAUAAUGAAUUAGAUUUUCGGCCGAUUGCUUCAACAUCUUCAGAGUCUAAAACGCGGUUUUCUCAUCUUUAUUCAGUUCAACUUAAACAACAUCAAUGCCCUAUUGUAUAUACAAAUGAAUACAAUAUUAGCUUUUUUGGAAUUGAGAGGUUACAUCCAUUUGAUUCAAAAAAGUGGGGAAGAGUUUUUCAAUUUCUUGUUGAGAGUGGACAAUUAAAGGAAGAAGCAAUUAUUAAACCUGAAGAAAUUAAAAAGAAAGAUUUAUUAUUUGUUCAUUCCCCAACUUAUUUAUGUUCUCUCAAUUCAACAAUUCGACUUGCUUUUAUUUUGGAAGUUUGUUUAGUUAUUCCUUUUCCUUCUUGUUUAGUUAAUAGAUUGGUAUUACGUGGUUCCAUUUUAGCUGCAAAAUUAGCACUUCAAUAUGGUUGGGCAAUUAAUAUUGGUGGCGGUUUUCACCAUGCUUGUAGUGAUACAGGAGGCGGUUUUUGUGUUUAUGCUGAUAUUACUUUAGCAAUUAAAAUUUUAUUUGAGGAUGGAUUGAUUAAAAAAGCAAUGAUUAUUGAUUUGGAUGCUCAUCAAGGUAAUGGACAUGAAAAUGAUUUUAUUAACGAUAAUCGUGUUUAUAUUAUGGAUUUUUACAAUGAACAAAUCUAUCCUAAAGAUGGACCUGCAAAAAAAAGUAUUUCAAGGGCAAUUCCUCUUCGAAUUGGAACGAGCGACGAGUAUUACCUUUCUCGAUUAGAAAGGGAAUUGAAUGAGGCAUUCUCUGAAUUUACUCCUCAUUUGGUUGUUUAUGUGGCUGGUACAGAUUCGCUUUCUGGUGAUCCUUUAGGGCUUUUGAGAAUUUCUUCUAAGGGAAUUAUUCGACGAGAUGAAUUAGUAUUUAAAGCAACUAAACAACGUGAAAUACCUAUUGUUAUGUUAACUAGUGGAGGUUAUUUACAACAAACAGCUAGGGUUAUUGCUGAUUCAAUAAUUAAUUUAAAUUCGCUUGGCCUUAUUGAACUUAAAUAA